CACAAAAUCUGAUCGCCAUCUUCGCAUUCACUUGUUCGGAUCCUCUUUCCGAUGGGAGCAUUUUCCGGGUUUGUUCCGGUUAAAAGUUAACGUUUCAGGAUUUGUUUUUCAUUUUGUGUGCUCAAUCGGUUUGAUUUAUGUCGCUAUAAGCUAAAUUUGUAUGUUUUGUUGCUCGGAAAUGUAGAAAUCGAGUCCAGUCUGCUUGUGUUUGCUGAACAAGACGGAGUACGAACGUGCCUUAUCUUGUUUUGAACAAAAUUAAGAAAAUAUGUUAUUGCGAAAGUUGUCUUAUGUGCUGUUUUAGUAAAUGAUAUAAAUGUACGUGUUCAUAGCUAAGGGAAGUGAAGAGGAAUCCACCGAUCGAAUCUAAAAAAUACAGAAUUCAGAAGGAACUCCCGGAAGAGUGCAACCCGCAAAGUGGCAGGGUGAAACAGGAAGUGAGGAACAAACAAGAGUGAAGAAAGAGAUAACAGUGCCUCAACAGCAUCAGUAGCAGCCGCAAACCAGAUGACGACGAAUAAGGAGGUCUAUCACGAAGGUUGGCUGAUCAAAUCGCCUCCGACUAAGCGAAUCUGGCGAGCGCGAUGGCGAAGGCGUUGGUUCACACUCAAGCAGGGUGAAUUUCCGGGACAGUUCUUCCUGGAGUAUUACACGGAUCGCAAGUGCCGGAAAUUGAAGGGAUCAAUCGACCUAGAUCAAUGCGAACAGGUGGACGCUGGAUUGCGGCUGGAUAGACAGAAGGAGAAGUACGCUCAUAUGUUUGAUGUAAAAACUCCAACCAGAACAUACUAUCUAGCAGCCGACAGUGAAGAAGAUAUGCGAGGUUGGGUUAAUUGUAUCUGUCAGGUUUGCAACCUGCAGGAAACACAAACAACUGACGAGCGGCCCUACUACAAUAUCGGAGCGAUCAAUAUGGCCGAUGCCGUUAACAUUGCGGAUCAGGUUAAUGCCGUUGCGCCGGCCGUGAAUUCUUCUAGCACAGAUCAGCAGGAUAUUUCUAACGACACGGAAAUCACUUUGCUGCAUCAUUCGGCGACCGGAGAUUCUCAGGAACAUGGCACACAACAACAGCUACAAUCGCAACCGAGACAAUCGGUUUACAAUCCGUACGGGACUUACCAAAAUGAGGAGGAGAUGAAUUUCCAUGGAUCGGAAUAUAGCAACAGAGAGACGAUAAUCUGUGAGGCUAAGCUGAGCCAAAGCCAAACGUUCAGAAAUAACCACUCGGAAUCACUGAUGAGUACAGCAACUAUUGAACGUUCUCAAUCGUUACGUGGAAAACCGUCCUCCCAAGAGAAAGGCACAACAGGGCACACAUCAAUGAUUAACCAUACGCGAACCCAAUCGCUCAGCACGGAUCACACAAUUGUUUCCCCGGUUGCAGUUAGUGCCGGGAAGAAAAUACCGGAAAAUUUGAAAUUGAACGAGCGUACGCUUGGUUACAAGAACGGUUCCGAACAACCAUCACCGGCACUGAGUAAUUCCUCCGGACCGUACAUCCCGAUCAGUGAAUGCUUCUCCGGUAGUCCCAUGUUGCACUCGCCGAUUACUCCACUGAACUCGCUUGAUCCCCGGUUCUAUGACACUCCACGAAGUCACACCAACAUCGGUUUCAAUCUUAUCAACAACGAACAACCGUACUCACCAAAGCGAAACAAUUUAAGCGGUACUGUUCAGGGAAAUAGUUCAAGUGUGAAACCACCUUGCAGUGGGAAAUCCAGUCCAUCGGAUUCGGAGAGUGUGUUUACGGAUGAUGAAUGGACGGCACCGGCUACCGAGGGAACCGGUACCCGAGAUCGUAGUACCAGACCAUCGGACAGUUCGAUCGAAAAUGAUGCUAUCGGUUGGACGUACGUUCAACGUUUUGCCAAAGUUUCUCAUGAUGACCAAAAAUCAAGUACUGCUGUGACUGCUGCUGCUGCUGCUCCCCCGCGUCCACCGAAAAGGACCAGUCUCAUUCUGGACAGUAUCGAAAAACACAAGGAAAUUCAGUCAUCGGAUACCGAGAACGCAUCUCCAGCGAUAGGACCGAGAGAUGCAAAUUCAUGCGUUGAACAGUUCUACGAUAUUCCUCGGUCGCAUCAACCGGGUCAGUACACCGGCGGAAGUAGCAUGCAUUUAUCGGAUGCCGAAUUACUGUCACCUCUGAAUCAGUGCGAUUUGGUAGCUUCCAGCACUCCAAAUCUGGCGAGUGACGUAAGCAGUCAACACGGUACCCUGGGUCGCAUCCGUCCCCAUUGCUAUAGCAAUGCUGCCCCUCAGCGAGUUGAGGGUAAUGUGUUCCGCUUUGAUUUCAGCGAACAGGGAGAUGCUCCAGCCAUCAAUCGUAAUUUAAAACCAAAAUCAACUGUUGAUAUAACGAAAUCGAUCGAAAGCAUUACACUCUGCGUGAAACAAGCUAACCAAAGGGAGGGAGCUCCUACUGCUCCUGGUACUCCUGGAACCCUAAAAAAUCCACCUCCAACAGUAGACAGAACAAGGAAGCCAACAACACCCCAGAUUGGCACGAAUUCUAUGCGGCGCAAAGGAGGACCCGUUUCAUUGAAUCUCCAAAAUCACAGUGAAAAUGUCUACGGCAACACACAGGAGCAUACAACACAGCUUCUAUCUGGUAUAUCGCCGCGAACACCCGGCAAGAACGAAGACCGUCUGCAGUAUCUCGAUUUGGACCAUUCGAACAGUCCACAGAAGUCUGUCCCAUCCAGCAUGACCGGAGUCUACGGGGGAGGAGGAUCUGUCGGAGUUCCAGCGCAUCAAGCUGGCAGUAGCCCUUCGAACGUUAACAACCCCAAUCUGGCUCCACCGGUGGUGGCACGCACGCCGUACACUACGGUAGACUUUGUUAAAACCGACGCGUUCAACCGAAUCCGAGCCGAUACCGAGAUGAGCAGGAAUCAGUCGCGACUGAAGGAUCAGUCUUGAAACAGAAUCACUUAACUUGUGUGUGUGUGUGUCUGUCUGUCCGAUCGGCACUACUACAGGAAAUCAACGUUCAAUUUAUUCAAGUGCAAUUAUAUGUAUGCCUUAUUACGUAAUCAACCGUUGAAGUUUGUGACAGAAUAAGUUCGUGCAGUAAGAUGCAACAAGCAAAAGCAUUUCAAUUUGUGUAUUUCAAUUAAAAGCUGUGAUUACGAAAUGGAACAAGUUUCUCAGCGAAACGCGAACGACAGGAUUAAGCGCAAAUUUAACGUUUAUUGGGGGAAUUUUCGUUUGCUAUUCAUUAGCUGUAGACAAUAAUGUAAUUAUUUCAAUUCUUCUCGAAUCAAAACGAGCAUGCUUCCGUAUUAAGUAUUCUAAAGAUACACACGUUUAGAUGUUAUCCUUUAUUUUAAUAAUAUUUUAAUUAGAACUACUGUAACUGCAUUUCUUACGACAAUAGUUUAUGCUUGGUGUUUUUUCUGUUAAUAGUAAGUAAUACAUAGGGUUUUUAAAAUAUGUAUGAUAAAACACGAUUUUAAUAAUAAAUUG